CAGAUGUCAUGUCAGUGGGAGAUGUCGAGUUUUUACUUUUUUGUGAUAUAAAAAAUACCUAUACAAUUUGUCGAUGUUCUGUGGUAUUAAUUAUGUGAAUAAUGAGAUGAAAGUGUAAAUAAAUAUUAGGAUAGUGUUUAAUAGUGAUUAUGGCGCAUAGUGGUGGUGUCCUUAGUUCCGAUAUAUCAAGAAGGAACCCCCAAGAUGAGUACGAAUUGGUCCAAAGAAUUGGAUCUGGCACUUAUGGCGAUGUCUACAAGGCGAAAAGGCUUAAUGGCAACGGUGAGCUGGCAGCCAUCAAGGUGAUCAAGCUGGAGCCGGGCGAAGACUUCGCCAUCAUCCAACAGGAGAUUCUGAUGAUGAAGGACUGCAGGCACCCGAACAUUGUCGCGUAUUACGGCUCCUACCUCAGGCGGGACAAGCUGUGGAUCUCUAUGGAGUACUGCGGAGGGGGUAGUUUGCAGGACAUAUACCACGUCACCGGGCCGUUGACUGAAUUCCAGAUAGCCUACAUGUGUCGGGAAACGCUGACCGGCCUGUCCUACCUUCAUAGUAUGGGCAAGAUGCAUAGGGACAUAAAAGGUGCGAACAUCCUACUAACAGAGUGUGGCGACGUCAAGCUGGCAGAUUUCGGUGUCUCUGCGCAGAUAACGGCGACCAUAAACAAGAGGAAGUCUUUCAUCGGCACUCCUUAUUGGAUGGCUCCUGAGGUCGCGGCGGUUGAGAGGAAAGGCGGUUACAACCAACUCUGUGAUAUAUGGGCUUGUGGCAUCACAGCCAUAGAAUUAGCCGAACUCCAACCGCCGAUGUUUGAGCUCCACCCUAUGCGCGUUCUCUUUCUAAUGUCGAAAUCCGGGUUCAAACCGCCGCAACUGAAAGAGAGGGAGCGAUGGUCCCAAGUGUUCCAUUCCUUCUUGAAGUUGGCGUUGACGAAAAAUCCUAAAAAACGACCCACGGCUGAUAAACUUUUACAGCACCCGUUCUUCUUCCAACAAGAUAUGAGCAAGAGAUUGGCCAUCGAGUUGCUGCAGAAGUAUUCAAAUCCUCCCAGCCACUGCAACAGCCAAGAAGACGACGAUACGGCGGUAUCAAACGUACCCCAGCGUAUAGCGUCUAAACACACCGGCCGCGGUCGCCGAGUGUUGGCCGAGCGGAGCGGCUCCAGACACAGACCGCAUCUGCCGGACAACCCCGUCCGACCGACCAGUCUGCUGGACGACGAUGUUACCGCGGCCAGAGUCACUAUGCUGGAUGAGGGCCGCGACCGCAUACGUUCAGGCGCGUACGAUGACUCGCCCAUCAUAGAUUUAGACGCGGACGAUCUCGCGGACAACCUCGUCAAGAAUAGGUGCGACGGCGAUACCGGGAGACGAGGUUUCCAUAGACAAACGAGCGAGGAUUGGAGCGUGGCGUCGUUAAUGACUUGUCCGAAACACAACCCUCUGUCCCAAGAGACCACAGACACGAUGCAGUCGAGCGAGAACAAGUGGUGUCGGGUGAUCACUGGUGAUGAUAUAUUGGGAAUGAGUUUGAGGAGCCUCUUGCAAUAUAUUGACGAAGAGUUAAUGCUAAGGGCAACACUGCCACUGACAGCGGAAACUGCAAAUAUGGCGCAAGCGACCAGCUCGAGCCUAUCAAUACACGAUCAACAUCUAUCCCAAUGUAUACAAUUAAAGCAAAAUUAUUUAAACAAUUCUACCACGAAUAUCUACCAAAAUUUAGCGACAAAUCUCACUUCGAUCGGCGCUUCUAGAGUAUCAAUCGACGAUCCGUUAUGUCGGAAAGUGGGCGAUGAUAUAAUAUACGUAGAUCACGAAAGCGAUCUCGUUUUGGAAUCACCACAAGUUCGCAACGCGAACUGCGAAUGUGGCCUGUGUCCCAAGCCAGAGAUUCGCGACAACAACACACUGAGCGAUUUACAGAGAUCAGUGAGCAAGUGUUCCUGUGACGCUUGCAAUUCGAACGGCGAUAUACUGAGCUAUUACAGAAACUGCUCCAAUCAGAACAACGAUUCGGGCAUAGUGUACUGCGAAGAGUGUAAAAAACAGAAAAUAUCCGUUUCCAACUUCAGAGCUUUGCAAAUCGCUAACAGGUUGAGAAUAGACGAUGAAAAAAUCGAAAACGGCACGAAUUCCGACGAAGAUUUGUGUAGGAAGAUAGAUAUGAGCUUAAACAUGGUAGAGAAGACUUACGAACACAGAAAAAGGCAUAACAGACAUAAUUCCGACACGGUCACAGCUGGUAUUGAUUUGAGUCAAUUCUGUCAAUGUGAAUUUGAUGCGGCGAAGCGGAAAACUUCGUCGGUCGACGAGAUAUUCAGUAGGGUCGACGACAACAAUGACGUUAAGGAGUUGACAGAGGAGGAGAUCAAAGUUAGCCAGAGACAAAGGAGUUUGUCGGACAGUCAGAGGGACAAGGCUAAAGUUGAAAAUAAAGUGUCGACGCCCCCGGUGCCCCCGCGGCGCUCGCGGGCGCGCCGCGCGCACACGCCCCCGCGCCCCGCCCCCAACGGGUUACCGCCCACGCCCAAGGUGCAUAUGGGCGCGUGUUUCUCAAAGGUGUUCAACGGAUGCCCUCUCAGGAUAAACUGCACAGCUUCAUGGAUACAUCCCGAUACCAGAGACCAGCAUAUUCUCAUUGGCGCAGAAGAGGGAAUAUACACGUUGAAUCUGAACGAGUUACACGAAACAGCGAUGGACCAGCUUUGUCCGAGAAGAACCUUAUGGUUGCACGUCAUCAAAGACGUGUUAAUGUCACUGUCGGGUAAAACAGCAUCACUGUACAGACACGAGUUACUACUAUUGGCCGGUAGUGCUCGCUCCGGUAGGUCAAGAGUACUACCGCCGCGGUUACUACCAAGAAGAUUUGCUAGCACGCGCCAACCUGAUACAAGAGGUUGUAUACGGUGCGCGGUGGCCAGGAAUCCAUACAACGGAUACAAGUACCUGUGCGGGGCGACCCCCUCCGGGCUCUUCCUCAUGCAGUGGUACGACCCGCUGCGGAAGUUCAUGUUGCUCAAGAACAUAGAAUGCAGUCUCCCCACUCCACUACUAGCGUUCGAGCUGAUCAUUACUCCGGAACUAGAGUAUCCGUUGAUCUGUGUCGGCGUCACGAACAAACCUAUGAAGCUAACAUUGCUCAAUAUUAAUUCUGGAGCGACGUGGUUCCACUCGGACGAACUGGAGUUUCGCGGUGGUUCAGCCACAGUGAUACCUCGUCCGGAACGACUGCACACAUUGCGGGCUGUGCAUCAAUUAGAUAAGGACAGGGUGCUAGUCUGUCACGAGAACGUAGUAGACAUAAUACCAGUUCUUCCUCCGGCGUUGGAGCGAUGGCGGACGGACGAUGAGAAACGAAGGCCGAAACUAACUAGAAUACAGUUCGAUUUCAACAUCGACAGUAUAUUGUGCUUAGCGGAUUCUGUGUUGGCGUUUCACCGUCACGGCGUCCAGGGCCGGUCUCUGCGCAACGCUGACGUCACGCAGGAGAUCACCGACCAGUCCAGGGUCUACAGGCUGCUGGGGAACGACAAAGUGGUUGUCCUCGAGUCGCAUACGUUACAGACAAACACACUGUCGGGCGAGGAUGGCAAUGAUCUAUACAUAUUGGCGGGACACGAAGCUUCUUAUUGAACGGUGACCACACAACGGAAAAAUCGUGGACAACGCGCUUCUGUGGUACGAAAGCGCGAUGUAGAAUUCGUGGGCGAGAAUGUUUUAUUUUGGAGAUUUUUCUCUUUGAAGUCCGAUUGCGAUUUGUGCAAAAGUGCGGGACAUUUUUUCAGGAGAAUGUCCGAGUUGUAGCGCGGAAUAAAAUGAGAUUGAAAAAUGUACGGUGACGCUGCGUUGCGAUUUCAAUGGAUUUAUUUAAUUUCCAAAGCAAUAAAAGUGUUUACGCUUGUAAAUUACAAGAAAAUAUAUUUUUUUUUUGCAUGAAAAUAUUAAAAUAAAAAGUGGCCUUUGAGUUUCGCAAUACUCGGCUCUGUCUACCCCGUGAGGGAUUAAGACGUAAUCUGUAAAAUUGUAAAAUGUUUAAAAAAAAAAUACUUCGUCUAAUAUAUUUCGAUUCGCUAAGAAUCGAAUAGACGACUAGGAUUGAAAGUCAAACCGACGGAAAUGGAGAAACUCCUCUUCUUUUUUUUUUUUGAAGUCGGUUAAUAAGAAUGAAACAAAUUUUCGCAUUUUUUUCGUGAGAAUUUAUAUUUGCUUUAUUUUAUGUUAAAUAAUUCUGCUCAUGUUAGUAAACUAAUAUUAUAAAUGCGAAAGUAUGUUUGUUUGUUACCUCUUCACGCAUUAUCUACUCAACCAUACAGAGUGACUUUUAAUACAUUGGCAAUAUUUUGUCUGCACGCCAUGAUUCUGAACUACUUUUAGUAUGGGAGUAACUCCGAAAUCGCGAAAAAAAAAAUCAGAUUUUCUAUACAAAAUUAAAUACCUAACUUGUUAAAAAUGUAUGGAUCAGCUGAUUAUUUUGUAGCUGAAAAGUUGUUCAGUACCAUCGACUGAGCGUGUAGAUAAACUAAUGGCAAUGUAUAAGAAAUCAACCUGUAUAUGUUAAGAUUACAAAAAGUACUCUUUUCAUGGUAAAUUCACGCGGGCAAAGCCGCGGGUUGAAGUUAGUAAAUAAAAAACCAAACAUCACUGCCAUGGUAUGCCCAUUCCAAAAGUAAUCGAGACAAGCAAUAACUUACAGAUAAAUUGUAAUAAUUGUAUUACAAUCAGAUUUAAUAUAGAUAAUAAAUUAAAAAUUAAAGAAACUCCCGACUCCGAAGUUGCUGGCAUCGUCGCAUCGGACUGAGGCAAAAAGUAAACAAUAAAGACACGAGAAAUUAACAAAAGCCAAACAUUUAAGUAAGCGACAUGACUCCAUAAAACAACAACAAUAAAAAAUUUAACAUUAACACAAAGUAAGAACAAAAUUAACAAAGGAAUGACGAGAAAUAAUGAUUUUUUUGUUCAAGGUUUGUUUACCUUUUGUCUCAGUCCAAGAUGAAUAGGGCAUAGGUAUGAACGUUACACACGAAGAAUCCAGAUUAGAAGUAGAACGUACAUUUUCCAAACAUAACUAAGAACAAUCUCAAUUGAAUUCUCUUUCGAAUAAAAAACAAGACUUAUAUCAAAUUCGGUCCAGCCGUUUUGCUGCUAAGAUGCCACGGACAUUCACGAACGUGUGAUUUGUCCCAAUAUAUUUAUUUAUUAUUCAUACAGAUACAAAGACACGUUAAAUUUAUAUCUUAUGUCGUCGGGGGUUAAAAAUAGUAUUUAUAUUAAAAAUAUUGUAACUAUUUCAAUAUAUUGGGAUGUUUUAUUGGUUAUUAUUGGGUUUAAAAAUACAUUUUAAAAGGCCAGUUACUAUUAUCAUAAUAACUACGGUCUGUCUAUAAAGAGAAGAAAAAAUUUUGUGUCCUGUUAGCUUCAACACUGGGUGUUUAUCAACCAAUCUUGAUCAUUCAUUUGACGACCUCGGUGGCGCAGUGGUAAAGUGCUUGCCUCUGAACCGAGAGGUCGAUCGCCGGUCUGGUCAUGAUGGAAAAUGAUCUUUUUCUGAUUGGUCCGAGUCUUGGAUGUUUAUCUAUAUAUGUAUUUGUUGUAAAAUAUGUAUAUAGUAUCGUUGAGUUAGUAUCACAUAACGCAAGUCUCGAACUUACUUUGGGGCUAGCUCAAUCUGUGUAAUUUAUCCUAUUAUUUAUUUAUUUAUGUAUUUAUUUAUUUAUUUAUUUAUUUAUUUAUUCAAUUUGGUGUUGCAAUGACAAAAAAAUGUUCGUUAAAAUCCGCUUUUUCUACUCUAUAUAGAUAAACUGUAACAAUAUAAACGUGAUUUUAAUUAGUAAAAGCAUUUUUAUAAUAAUGAUUUUAUUUUAAUGAAUGACUUUGACACAAACUUGAAGUUUUAAUGAGAAAAUUACAAUUGUGAUUUUCAUUAUGCGUAUUGCAAUAGUGGUGUCAUUUCAACUUCGACACUAUAACGUUGUACAUAAGGUGCAAUUCACAUCAACGCACAGAGUAUAAAGGUGAAUUUCACGAGCGUUUUGAACGCCGCCGUGAGCUGUCAUUAGUGUCUUAAUUAAAUUGUAAUCACGAUAAUCAUUUUUUUAUUUUUUAACAACUCUGUACCACCAUGUUCUAAAUGAUAUAUCUAUCUAUCUCUAUAUUUAAUUAUCCUAUUUUAUAAAACAGUCGUGAAAUUCACCAUAAUGAAGCUGUCCAAACGGUCGCAUCGUAAGGUUGAAACUCUACUAAUGUUGCGCUAUGCUAUGCUAACCAAUGCUAAGUUUCAAAUAACAAAUAGAAUUUAGUUUGCAAACAAUUACGAAAGACUAUUUGGUUUAGGUCGCGCCUGGGUGGAUUUCACGAGCGUUUGAACGCGGCGUGUAGCGUUUCAUUAGUGUCCGACAUUUUUUUUUAAAUAAAGAAUCACUUAUUUUAAAUUAAACAUUUAUAAACUUAUCAUUGUACCAGCACUUUACUUAUUUAUAAAAUAGGAAUAAUGAAAUUGAUUACUGUGUAUGGUACAAUUUAAUAAAUACUAAUGACAGCCCGCGGCGGAGUUCACAACGCUCGUGAAAUUCACGCGUCCAUCUACCGCAUUUAUUUAUUUCAUCAUCUUACUACUAACAUUACAGUUACAAACUAACAACCAAUACAAAAAAAAAAUAUCAAAAUUUUUAUUUUAUUGGUUGUUCGUAACUUAGCUUCGCACGGCACUGCUUCGGUCAGGGUCCGGCCCCCAAAAAGUGGUUUUCCAUUGAUAUAAGUCAGCCAGCAAACGGAUAUUUUAAAUCAUCACGAACUACAAUUUGUAAGGCGUUAAAAGUUUCAAUGUUUUGUCUCUGUCGCACUUAUGAAAAUGAUUUGUCAAUUCAAAUAAAUGGCGGUCAAUGUUGGCUUGUGUGAGCGGGAUGGUAAUAUAUUUAAAAAAUAUAUUAAUAAUGAAAUAAAAACUAUUUACGUCAAUAGAAAAUCACUUUCAAAUACUUUGAUGCGCAUUUUGUAUGUAGACAAAUGAAUAUUAUUUAUUCAAUUAAUAUAAUUAACAAAUACCUACAAUCUAUAUGUGAUUUCACGUAAACUUUGGUGCGAACAAAUGCUAGUUUACGUCAAAAAAGACAUCGGUUUAGAAAGAAAUAUGUAGUAAAAAAUUCAUGUAUUUAUUGUAAAUAUUAAAAUUUUAUUCCAAUUAGCUAUAGUCAAUUGUAUAAUAGUAUCACUAGUUAUGUAAUUGUAAUAAUGUAUUUAAUUUUUUUUAACGAAAAUAAAGUUCGGAUAUUCCUUUAGUGGAUUACGCUAGACGGAAUGUUGAAUGAAAUAUGGUUGUAACUAUGAAUCUAAAUGAUAUUUUUCAAAAUUUACGUAACUAUCUAAUUAUACUUCGUUUCUGAGUCGGACGAAAAAACGGACAAUGCCCCGUAUAGAUAUUAUUUUACAUACAAUAAAACAUUGUACAGUUACAUUCAAAAAUUGUAUUAACAGCAUAAAAGCAACGUGAAGCGGAAAAUAUUUUUAGCUACAAAUAUUAUUUACCUAGGUCAUUGCACUUUCUUCCGUGUGGCUUAGGAACAGAGUAUACAUAUUUGACAGCUGUCAUUUCAAACUAAACUGCGUUUUACAGAGUAUAAAUUUAUGAACUUCUAUUUGUAGAAUUGGUUAAUUAAAAAAAAAACAAGAUAUUUCACCAUUAUUUUGGACUUACCGACUUGAAAUUAUAUUAACGUUUAACCAGAAUAACUUUUAUUGUUUUAUCUAUUUUACCUGAAAUAUAGAGAAGAGAGAGAGAGAGAGAGACAGAUCGAAAACAUAAGAAAAAAUAAUAAAUAGGUAGCAUUCGUUUGAGAAGACAUCGAAAAAAUUUAAUACCACUACCUAAUAAGAAUUGUAUUACAUCAAAAUUAAUAUUUUUAAUGCGUAAUUUUUUUACUUUUUCAUUGUGAACGCCAUGUAAAUUUUGGAUCCAUAAACACAUUUAUUUUAUGUACAUAUAAUUUUUCCAGGUUGUUUUUCCCGUCUUUUUCUUUUAUUGGCACAAUGUCAAUUGCAAAAUUUGCAAAACUGACGUAAAAUGUUUUGUGAAUGUGUUGCAACGAAUGCAUUUUAUGCAGCGAAUAAAGGUCAAAACUUUUACAGAAUCGAUUUGUGAUUCAAAAAAAAAUUUGUGAUUUUUUUAAUCGUGACAGAACGUAUGGUUUUAAUUUUUAAACAUUUUGGCUACAAACAGCAGUUUUGUAAAAAAAACUAUACGUAUUGACGAAAAUAUAUUUUUUUCUAGUUUUUUAAGCAAAAAAUAUGAAGUGAAUUUAUCUGAAAAUAAAGCAUUAGUUUUAAUGUAUUUUCGUUAUCCUAAUAAAUCCUAUUUCGUUCGAGAGUCGAAUCGAUGACUGUAAAUGUUGAAGACCAUUAUGACUGGCAAAGUUUUCAGUCUUCAUUGAAGGAGGUAACAAAUAUUUUUUAUUUGAUAAUCCCAUUUAUUUAUAACUCCCAAUAAACGUUUAUUUUGUACA